AUGGCUGGAACUGAAGAAGAAAAUACGAUUCAAAUUUCAGAAAUUAUCUUUUUGAGUUUUGGGGAUCUCCAUGGCCUUCAGUUUCUUCUUUCUGGGAUAUUUCUGGCCAUCUAUGUGGUGACUCUAAUGGGCAACAUUGCUAUCCUAACUGUGGUGUCAGCUAAUCAUUUCCUUCACACGCCCAUGUUUUUCUUUCUUGGUCACUUCUUCCUAGAGAUUGGCUGCGCCAGUACCAUUGAUCCCAUGAGGCUGAGGACUGCAUCAGCUCAUACGCCUUUUUCCUUUCCAGCCUGUGUUUCCCAGUUUUACUUUGCCUUGGUGGCUACAGAAUUCUUCUUUCUGGCUAUAAUGUCUUACGAUCGCUAUAUAGCCAUCUGUAACCCACUGCAAUACUUCGGCAUCGUGGACCACUGGAGUUGCUUACAGCUAGCUAGUGCCUCGUGGGUGGCUGGAUUUCUGGCAUUCACUCUCCUCAUGGUCCUCAUUUUUCACUUAACAUUCUGUUCCACCAAUGUGAUCUAUCACUUCCGUGAUUUGAAGCCCAUCAUGAAACUGGCUUGCACUGACACUGAAGUAGCUGAGAUGUCCUCUUUUAUAUGCACCUCUUUAUUUGCCCUUGGCCCCUUCCUGCUGACCCUGGCUUUUUAUGAUCACAUCAUCACUGCCGUUCUGAGGAUUCCUUCUGCCACAGGAAAUCAGAGGGCUUUCUCCACCUGUUCCUCCCAUCAGACUGUGGUUAGUCUCUAUUAUGGAGCACUGGGCAUUGUUUAUGUCUUCCCAUCAAGACCUCGGUAUGAAGACUUAUUGAAGUUACUUUCUAUUCUGUAUACAGUGCUUAUCCCUGCCCUCAAUCAUAUCAUUUACACCUUAAGGAACAAGGAUGGGAAGGUAGUUCUGAGAAAAUUGGUGCAAUAA